UGUGUAUGACGUAUAGUAAUAGAAACAAGAAUCAGGAUGUGUUUUCUGAUAAUUAAGUGAAGACAACUUUAAACAAGAGUAUUUUGGGUAAAUUUUUAGGAGUCAUAUGACCGUGUGGGAUAAGUGGUAAGUUUAAAACCUGUUGUAGCACGUUUAAGGUUUCAUUCUUAUCUACAUAUAGUUUGACACCAGGCUCAUCCUCUAGCCAUGAUUCCUUCUCUGUCCAAGUCAUUUUCUACUAUGGACUUAUUUUGACCAUCAUGGAUGUCGCUUAUGGCUAGUUAUGCAUUUGAUAGUGGCUGAUCAAACAAGAUUGGAGCCUUCAGUGCUUAUUUGAGAAUCUUUCCAUUUCUUCUGUAAUAGCCUUCCAUCUUGUUCUAUCAGUUUGUCCUCUGGGCCUGUUUCCAUCACCAGAUUGUGAGCAACGGUGAUGAUGUGUAAUCUUGGUAUCCAACACUUCUUGUACAGAGCCAAGAAAAAAAAUCAUGCAGGAGUUAACAUUUUACAUUUUGCUAGCGCCAGAAUAUGACUGUAUUUGAAAAUUGGACACAGAAGGAAACAUGGCAGGAGUUGGUCAAAAUUUUACUUUUCAUUUGCUUCCUACACAGUGAUAUGAAAGUUGUGAAAAUAAAAGCUUACCCAAAAUGCAUUUUUACGUUCUCUCCAGAAAACAGACAACACAUCCUGGGUAGCAAACCUUGUUUUUAUUUCUCUGUCACAGACAUCAAACUGGGGCAGUUUUGCUCUUUGAACUGUGAUGUAUCCAUUAUACUGAUGCUUAACCCAGUAAAGCCUGACCCAUCAGAAAAUACCCAGAAAAAUUUAUUUAUUUAUUUAUUUAUUUUUGGGAACUGAGAUGUUUAUUAACCUUUUUAACAAAAUCCAUUAAAAAAAAAAAAAAAAAAAAUUCCCAUAUGAAUUUCUUUAUGAUAUUUUUUGUAUCACAUUUGAUACAUUGGGCAAUUUUGGCAACUUUUUGCUCACAACAAUGCUGAUUUUAGAUACAAAAGCUAGUUUUGUUCUAUUUAUUUUACUAUUUAUCAUGCUGAUGAAACAGAGGUCUCAGAAACUCAUGUAGCAAAUAUGAUGUAAAUGGUUAUAUCGGGUUAAAGAUGACUGUAGAAUGAAAAGAUUUUGGCUUCAGAUUGUGACAUCUGUAGUGAAUGUAAAGUAGAUGUGGUUGCAGUUUUUAACAUGGCUCAAAUGUGUUUUUCAGCCCUGAGAAUUUGAAUGUGGCUAUCCCAUGUACUUAUAGAAUUUAUAGGGGCUCAGAAAUACUAGAAAAGGUACAAUUUCAUCCCUGCCCUUUGUGCUUUAAGGGCCUGUAACUUGGAAAAUAUUCGCAUUAUGAUGGUGGAAUUUUGUAUGGCUUCAUUAAAUAGACUGAAGUUUUGGUACAAAGAAAGCAGCUGAUUCUUAGAGGCUCGGUUUUUUGUUUUUUUUUUUCCCAGAUUUGGUUGCUUUUAUUUGAAAUGACCCAUUAUAAACAUCACUUUCAGUCUGUCAUUCGCUGUGGACGUGCGCCCUCCGCUGUCGCUCCUCCGGUACUGCACUCUGGCUGCUUCUGUCCAAGGUCCUGAAACGCUUUUCUAACUUCCAUCUCCCUCAUCUCGAGGCUGUUUCUGAUUAUUCUUCUCCUCUAGAACUAAAACAUCGCAGCAGAUUCCCACAGAGCUGCAGGGCUUCUCCACCUCCACCUUCCCGUCGACAGAUUUCCACUGUCAUCCUUUUAAACGGCUCAGCUGCUUUAAUCCUGCCGGCUGACCACCGCGGAUAUGGGCACGCGUUUCUCUUAAUAUUCCUCGCCUUAUUACGUGCCUGCGCAGAUAAAAGGCAAAGUGCGGAUUUUUUUUUUUUUAUUAUUAUUUACUCGCAUUAAGAAAUUACCAGAAAGCGGCUUUAAUUGGAUUUCUAGGCUACAAGCAGGAGGCGGGCAGCAGAAUGGCCCGCAGCCUCUCAGCUGCACCGACGCUCUGCGUGUGGAUAUGAAAUGACAGGCUGCAGAUGGUUCUGCUUUUAUUUAUUUAUUUUACCCGGGAAAGUUGCGACUUUUUCAGGGCCAAGUUCAUAUCUGUGAUCCAUCGCAGAUACACUGAGGAGUUGAUGGUGCGUUUUUCUUAAAAGAGUCCGUGGUGUUGAACUACAGAAAUGGACGCGGCAAAGAAAGAUGCCCCCCCUGGGGGAGAUGCAGGCAAAUCAGACACCCUGGGGUCAACUGGCUCGUCCAGAAAAAGAGGAGGGGGGGCCAAGAAGGCGAUGCAGGCAAACAAAUCCGCCCUCAGGGCCCCCCGAGCGCUGUGCUGCCUCACUCUGAGCAACCCCAUCCGCAUGGCAGCGCUGGCCCUAGUGGAGUGGAAGCCCUUUGAUAUUUUCAUUCUGCUUGCCAUUUUUGCCAACUGUGUUGCCAUGGGUGUCACCAAGCCGUACCCAGACGAUGAUUCCAACGCUACAAACCACCAACUUGAACAAGUUGAGUAUGUCUUCCUCGUCAUCUUCACCAUUGAGACUUUCACUAAAAUCCUCGCCUACGGCUUAGUCAUGCACCCCAGCGCCUACAUACGCAGCGGAUGGAACUUGCUUGAUUUCAUUAUCGUCAUCGUCGGGUUGUUCAGUGUGAUAGCGGAGGGCAUGACGGAUCAUAAGCCAGGAGAGGCCCAUCAUGCUGCAGGAAAACCCGGAGGCCUGGAUGUCAAAGCUCUCAGAGCAUUCAGGGUGCUGCGACCGCUUCGACUUGUAUCUGGAGUGCCAAGUUUGCAGAUUGUGUUGAACUCUAUCAUGAAAGCCAUGGUUCCUCUUCUCCACAUUGGUAUGCUGGUCAUGUUUGUCAUCAUCAUCUAUGCUAUCAUCGGUUUGGAGCUUUUUAUCGGCAGGAUGCACAAAACAUGCUACUUCAUUAGCACAGGUCUCAUGGUGGAGGACGAUCCGUCUCCUUGUGCAUUUGCUGGAAGUGGCCGCUUUUGUGUCGGCAACGGGUCCGAGUGCAGGGGCAAGUGGGAGGGUCCCAAUGGUGGGAUCACAAACUUUGACAACAUCUUCUUUGCCAUGCUGACAGUUUUCCAGUGCAUCACCAUGGAGGGUUGGACCGAUGUGCUUUAUUGGAUGAAUGAUGCCAUUGGCUACGAGAUUCCGUGGAUUUACUUUGUUUCUCUGGUCAUCUUCGGAUCAUUUUUCAUUAUCAAUCUUGUAUUGGGUGUGUUGAGCGGAGAGUUCUCUAAGGAAAGAGAGAAGGCUGUGGCUCGUGGUGAGCUGCAAAAGGCUCAGGAGAGCAAGCAAAUGGAGGAGGACAUGAUAGGCUACAUGGACUGGCUCAUAGAGGCAGAGGAUGUGGAUGAAGAAGGAAACAAACGUGCUGCAAUUGCAAAGAAAAAGAUGAUGAAGAAGUUCGGCUGGUACAAACACAGUGAGGAUGGAGGAGAGUCAGACUCUGAUGAUGAUAUAGCUUAUCUCGAUGAUGACAACGGCUUCUGCGCUUCUCUCAUGGCAAAGUUGAUGGCCAAUAGCUUCUGUGACCAGCUGUGCCAGUUGAACCACACUUUCAGGAAGAACUGCCGCGUUGCAGUCAAGACCACAAACUUCUACUGGCUGGUUCUUCUGCUGGUGUUUCUCAACACAGUGGCCAGCGCCUCUGAGCAUUACGGACAGCCGAAGUGGCUCACGGAAAUGCAAGAGCGAGCCAAUAAGAUCCUGCUGCUGCUGUUCACUCUGGAGAUGCUGAUGAAGAUGUACGCCUUCGGUCUGCAGAUCUAUUUCAUGGCGCUGUUCAACCGCUUUGAUUGCUUUGUGGUGUGUGGUGGCAUUCUUGAGACACUGCUGGUGGAGUUGGAUGUCAUUCCGCCCAUCGGCAUCUCUGUGCUGCGCUGCAUCCGACUGCUCAGGAUAUUUAAGAUGACUCGACACUGGGCUGCUCUGUCAGAUCUGGUCAAUUCGCUGCUCAACUCCAUGAAAGCUAUCUGCUCCCUUCUGCUCCUGCUCUUCCUCUUCCUCAUCAUCUUCGCCCUGCUGGGGAUGCAGCUGUUCGGAGGCAAAUUCAACUUUGACGAAACUCAGAUGAAGAGAAGCACAUUUGAUUCAUUCCCUCAGGCUCUGCUCACUUGUUUCCAGAUCCUCACCGGAGAGGACUGGAACGCUGUGAUGUAUGACGGCAUUAUGGCAUACGGAGGGCCGAUCUUCCCUAACAUGGUCGUGUGCAUUUAUUUUGUCAUCCUCUUUGUCUGCGGUAACUACAUCCUGCUCAAUGUCUUCUUGGCUAUCGCUGUCGACAAUUUGGCAGGAGGUGGAGGGAAGAAAAAAGUCGAAGAGAAAAAGGAAGAGGAAGAAGAGUGGGAUGAGGAUGAAGAGAAAGAGGAUGAAGAUGCAGGGAACGAGGAGGAUGACUGGCAGGAAAACGAGGAGCUGCGAGCCAUCGAGGGACUGGAGGGCGUUGCUCCAUUAAAACCAGAGUUCUCCGGGCCCAAAGAAAAGAUUGUACCAAUACCUGAUGGAAGCUCCUUCUUCAUUCUCGGAAAGAAAAACUGUUUACGAGUCGCCUGCCACAACCUCAUCCAUCAUCCCUACUUCACCAACUUCAUCCUCAUCUUCAUCAUCCUCAGUAGUAUUUCACUGGCUGCCGAGGAUCCCAUAAAAUCCCACUCAUUCAGAAAUAUUGUGCUCGGAUAUGCCGAUUAUGUAUUCACUUCGGUUUUCACUGUGGAGAUCGUACUAAAGAUGACAGUCUACGGAGCUUUUCUGCACACCGGCUCCUUCUGCAGAAACGCCUUCAACCUUCUCGACCUGCUGGUUGUCAGUGUGUCACUCACAUCUUUCUUCCUACACUCAAGUGCGAUCUCUGUAGUGAAGAUUCUCCGAGUGCUUCGAGUGCUCAGGCCUCUUCGAGCCAUUAACAGAGCAAAGGGCCUGAAGAAUGUGGUCCAGUGUGUGUUUGUGGCGAUCCGCACCAUCGGCAACAUCCUGAUUGUCACAACGCUCCUUCAGUUCAUGUUUGCUUGUAUUGGAGUGCAGCUGUUCAAGGGCAGAUUCUACAGCUGCACUGAUGAAGCCAAACACACUCCAGAUGAGUGCAAGGGAACUUUUGUGGUCUACAAAGACGGAGACAUGAACCAUCCCAUGGUUAGAGAGCGGAUUUGGCAGAACAGCGACUUCAACUUUGACAAUGUGCUGAUGGGCAUGUUGGCUUUAUUCACUGUGUCGACAUUUGAAGGCUGGCCACAGCUCCUUUACCGGGCUGUGGAUGCCAAUGCCAUAAAUCGAGGCCCUAUUUACAACUACCGAGUGGAAAUCUCCAUCUUUUUCAUCAUCUACAUCAUCAUCAUUGCCUUCUUCAUGAUGAACAUAUUUGUGGGUUUUGUCAUCAUCACAUUUCGAGAGCAAGGAGAAGCCGAGUUCAAAAACUGUGAACUCAACAAAAAUCAACGUCAGUGUGUGUAUUAUGCACUGAAAGCUCAACCUAUAAAGAUUUACAUCCCCAAAAACCCAUCCCAGCUCAAAUUCUGGAAGAUUAUCAACUCCAGUCAGUUUGAGUACGUCAUGUUUGUUCUUAUUCUGGGAAACACCCUCACUCUGGCUGUUCAGCAUUACGAGCAGUCCAAACUCUUCACCUCCAUCAUGGACAUCCUCAACAUGAUCUUCACUGUGGUUUUCACCAUAGAGAUGAUAAUCAAGUUACUGGCCCUGCGGGCUCAUCACUAUUUCAUCGAUCCUUGGAAUUCAUUUGAUGCGUUGAUUGUCGUGGGGAGCGUGUUGGACAUUGCAGUCUCUGAGUUUAGCGGAGGAGGCGGCCACGGUGAGGGUGGCGGGAAAGGAGAAAGUGGAAAAGUGUCCAUCACGUUCUUCCGUUUGUUCCGAGUGUUGAGGUUGGUUAAACUGCUCAGCAAAGGAGAGGGCAUUCGAACUCUCCUCUGGACUUUUGUCAAGUCUCUGCAGGCUUUACCUUACGUUGGCCUCCUCAUCGCUAUGAUCUUUUUCAUCUACGCUGUGAUCGGCAUGCAGACGUUUGGGAAAGUGGCCAUUGAUGACGACACUCACAUCAACAGAAACUGCAACUUCCAGACUUUCUUCAUGGCUGUUCUAGUGCUUUUUAGGUGUGCCACAGGAGAGCAGUGGCAGGAGAUCAUGUUGGCAGCUCUGCCUGGCAGACGCUGUGACCCAGAAUCUGACACUGAGCCUGGUGAAGAGUUCAGCUGUGGUAGCAACUUGUCCUACAUCUACUUCAUCAGCUUCUUCAUGCUCUGUGCUUACCUGAUUAUCAACUUGUUCAUUGCUGUUAUCAUGGACAACUUUGAAUAUCUAACAAGAGACUGGACAGUGCUGGGGACUCACCAUCUGGAUGAGUUCAAGAGAGUUUGGUCUGACUACGAUCCAGAGGCCACAGGUCGUAUAAAACACAUUGAUGUGGUCACUAUGCUGCGCAGGAUUCAGCCUCCUCUUGGUUUUGGAAAACUAUGUCCUCAUCGUGUUGCUUGCAAAAGACUGGUGGCUAUGAAUGUCCCGCUGCAUGCUGAUGGGACAGUCACCUUCAACGCCACUCUGUUUGCUCUGGUGCGAACUUCACUCAAGAUCAAGACUGAAGGUUCGACCUCCUAUAAAUGCACAAACGCAGAACAUCACGCAAGCUCAAUGUGCUUGUAUGAGACUAGCUCACUUACAGGCAUCAGGGUUUCAUGUGAGGAUCUGUUCUUCCUCUCAGGCCCCAUCGACCAGCAGAAUGAAGAGCUGAAGCUGAUUAUUAAGAAGCUCUGGAAACGCACAAAGCCUAAGCUCAUCGAUGAAGUCAUUCCUCCCCCUAGAGGGGAUGAGGUGACUUGUGGGAAAUUCUAUGCCAGCUUCUUGAUUCAAGACUAUUUUAAAAAGUUCCGCAAGAGAAAAGAGAGGGAGAGGAAAUCCAAAAAGAAGGACAAAGCUGCUUCUCUGCAGCAAGGGCUGCGGACGCUGCAGGACUUGGCUCCAGAGAUGCGUUUGGCGAUGGCCUGUGACCUGGAAGAGGAGGAGGCCACAGAAGGAGAGAUGACCGCCGAUGAGAUAUUCGACAGUGGAACUUCAGCGAACACGACUCCCGCCAGCACUCCAAUGCCUCGUCUAGACAUGCUGGUGGAGCAGACGACGGUGAUCGUCGAACCAGAGCCCAAGAUCUCCAAUGGGGGCGUGAUCACCGAGCAGGUGACGGGUUUGCAGGAGCACCAGAGACCAGGAUCAGACCUGGCAGGUCUAAACAUUGUGACAGAGCAGCCUGUGAGGUCUCAGCCUCUGCCCUUCAGAGCUGACUCUGUGACUGAGCUGCCUCCUCCUCCUCCUCCAGAAGUGUCAGAUGGAGGAGAAGUUGGAGUUGAAGCACCAAUUGUUCCAGCUGCAGAAGGAGUUGAGCAGGUUUACAACAGUGAAGGAGAUGCUGCAAGUCUAGCAUCAGUAGACAGAUAUGUGUAUCCAGAGGCUGUCUCUCCUGUACCACCCGAGACAGGCUAUAAUGUCCAGAGUCUGGAAAGGGCGAGCAGCAUUGGAGAAACACCUUAUGACACUCAUCAUAACAACGGCUUUGUGAGCAACGGUUACAGCGACACGAACAUGAACGGUGGAAGUGUUGGCGCAAGUCCCACUCCCUACGCAACAGAAGCAUACAAUGGGAACGGAUACACAGGCUACAAUGGGAAUGGCAGCAUCAUCAGCACCAAUGGAAAUGGAAGUACGAUGAACGGCUGCAAUGAAAAUGGCAGCGCUGUCAGUGGUUACAACGGGAACGGCUACAACGGAAAUGAGAACAGCGAUGCGCAGUUUGUCAGGAGACGACUGCUUCCUUCCAUACCCAAAGGUCGUAAGCCUGCCUUUAACUUCCAGUGUCUGAGGCCACAGAGCAGCGUGGACGACCUCCCCAUCCCAGGAACCUACCAUGGGAACACGUCUCCAUCCAGAUCUCGUCUACAGACCCAGCACAGUCUGGACUCACGGCCCAGCAGCGUUUCUUCGAUGUCAUCCGCCUCCUGGGUGAACACAACAGCAGCUGGCGCCACUCCUGUUCCAGGAAUAAUUGCCCCCUCAGGGCGCAGGGGCAAGCUCAUCUACACUCCUAUGAUCCUGGUGGACGGAGCCACCGGUACCAGUCAGCCGCUGUGGAAUGACGGAUCUGCCAGCCUCCCAGCAGGACGUCGACCCGGCUGGUACCCCGGUCAGACCAGGACCUUCACAAGCGUCAGGAUGCCGCCUCCUGUCAGCCAGGGCUUCGUAGACAAAGGCAGCGCAGACAGUCUGGUGGAGUCGAUCUUGAUCUCCGAGGGUCUCGGCAUCUACGCUAGGGACCCAAAGUUUGUGAACUUUGCCAAGCGGGAGAUUGCAGAAGCCUGUCACAUGAGUCUGGAUGACAUGGAGAACGCUGCUGCCGACCUGAUAGCACGAGGAGCCAGUCAGUCCAUUUCCCGCUUUGAGGACGAGCUGGCCGACGAAAUGAACUGUGUGAUUUCUUACUGAGAUCAGAAACAUGACAGAGUGAAUUAUGAAGUUUGUAAAAAAAAAAAAAAAAAAAAAAGAUCAAAAUCUUUCAUGUGUUGAACAUCCUACAAGGUAUAUUUUACUUUUUUGUGAAUGCCAAAACACACACACACACACACACACACACACACACACAGAUUUUGAGAGCACAUGUCAGCGUGCAGCAGGACUCAGCUGAUGAACAUUUUGACUGCAGUGUUUUACAGAAGAGUCCUCUGCGGUUCUCAGCGUUACUACUGCAAAUUACAACAAAGGACUAUUUUUUGCAUUGUACUCUGGUUUUGUACUGUACUUGAAUUGUUGUCACUUUGUACACAUGUAUUCAGCCACAAUCAGCACAAAUAAUAAUCUGUAAAAUAGGAAUAUAUUAAACUCAUACAUGUAGCUCAAUAAUACUUUUUACACAGAUUGUGAGUUUCCAGCAGCAUUAGCUAUUUUAGAGAAAUAUUUAAAUACAUUGAAUAUCCUCUAAGAUGCAACUUGCACAUGUAAAGCAAAACUAUCUAAAUUACAUUUUUGAUUUAUUGUGACUAUCUGGGAGGUAGCGGAUGUGAACAAAUAAAAAAUAAUGUUUUCUCAA